UCUGUCCCACUCCCUGUCCCAGUCGUAUGCUUGUGCCACGUAUCCAUUCCUUUCUCCCCUCUAACAACGUUAGUUUCCCAGUUAAAAUCCAACUACUCUGUUUCCUAUACCCUUUUACACUUCUGGCGCGAAAAAUUGGGAGACAAAAAGUCUCUUUUUGUUUCUUUUAGGGUUUAUUAUUAACCCACCUAUGACACUUCCGUAUUGAGCGAAGAAAUAAAAAGAAGAGGGAGAAACAGAGAGCAGGGAGAAAACAGAGCAAACACAGCAUGGAGAUUGAAAUCAGUGGCUCUUCUUCCCCAAUCUCAUGUGAGGUUUUGGGCAUUGAAGAUAAUUAUGCAAGAGAUGAUUGCGAAUCUCGUCGUAAGUUGGAGUUUAAAGAUGAUGAUGACUUCUUUAACACGGAUGUUCCUAUCAAAGAGGAAGGUGAGCAAGAUGUUUUGCUUAACUCAUUAGAUGCAACAAGUGAUAUAAAUUUGCUUCACUCCCAAAUUCCCCAUGAGGCAAUUCCAAAACUUGACAUGAAAUUUAAGAUAGAAGAGGCAGCUUAUGAAUUUUAUAAUGCUUAUGCGUACAAAGUUGGUUUUAGUGUGCGUAGAAGUAAAGAGUAUAAAGAUAAGAGCGGGAUGUUAGUGACUCGGAUAUUUUGUUGCUCUUGCGAAGGCAAACGGGGGAAAGAUAAACGAGAUAGUAUUAUAAAAUCUCACCGCCCUGAGACGAGAUUUGGUUGUUUGGCACAGAAGAAAAUCAAAUAUUGUCGACAAACCAAACAAUAUUAUGUUGCUGAAUUUAAUCCUGUGCAUAAUCACGCAGUCUGUACUCCAAGUAAGACUCAUUUACACAAGUCUCAUAGGAAGCUUAGUGUUGCCCAAGCAGUUGAAUUAGAUAUGGCAAAUGACUAUGGGAUAGGUCCAAAGGCAACAGUUGAGUUUAUGGCUAGACAAGCUGGUGGGCGAGAGAAUCUUGGAUUUAUUCCUCAAGAUUAUAAAAAUUACUUGCGUUCCAAGCGAACUGUGCAAAUGAAGAGAGGCGAUACCGGUGGUGUUUUGGAGUAUUUGCAAAAAAUGCAACUAGAAGAUCCUAAUUUCUUUUAUGCCAUACAAGUAGAUGAAGAUGAUUUGAUAACAAAUAUUUUUUGGGCUGAUGCGAAGAUGAUGGCAGAUUAUGCUCACUUUGGGGAUGUGGUUAGUUUUGAUACGACGUAUAGGAAGAACAAAGAUGGCCGACCUUUUGCAAUGUUCGUUGGGGUGAACCAUCAUAAGCAAACCGUUGUUUUUGGCGCUGCAUUAUUGUAUUCCGAGUCUGCUGAUUCUUUUAUAUGGUUGUUUGAUACUUUUGCCAAGGCUAUGGGUGGAAAGACACCGAAAACUAUACUUACGGAUCAAGAUGCAGCAAUGGCAAAAGCAUUAGCGGCUCAAUGGCCAGAAACAAUUCACCGCUUGUGCAUUUGGCACAUUUAUCAAAAUGCGGCUUCAAAACUUAGUGGUGCAUUUGCAAGAUUCAAAGAUUUUUCAAAAGAUUUUAGUGAGUGCAUAUACGAUUAUGAAGAUGAGGAUGAAUUUAUCAAUGCUUGGAAUGUGAUGCUUGAAAGGUAUAAUCUCCAAGAUAAUGAUUGGUUGAAGCGAAUGUUUAACCAAAAGGAGAAAUGGGCAUUGGUUUAUGGGAGACAGACUUUUUGCGCUGAUAUGACUACCACCCAACGCAGUGAGAGCAUGAACAGUGUGCUUAAAAGAUAUGCCAGCUACAAACAUGAUUUGUUGCAGUUUUUCCACCAUUUUCAAAGGUUAGUUGAUGAUCGCCGCUAUGAAGAACUAAAAGCUGAUUUUAGAGCAACUCAAAGUACUCCAUCUUUGUCCUUUCCGGUAGAAAUGUUGAAGCAUGCAGCAAGUAUGUACACCCCAGAUGUGUUUGUAUUGUUUCAGAGGGAGCUAAGCAAGGCUCAUGAUUGCAACUUGAAAAAAUUUGGUGAGAGUGGAACAGUAACUAAAUAUGAUGUUAGUCCUUAUGGCAAGGAUGAUCAACACCAUCUUGUUACAUUCGACUCAUCAGCAGAUAUGGUGUUGUGUAGCUGUAAGAAAUUUGAGUUUGUAGGAUUAUUAUGUUCACAUGCGCUUAAAGUUCUUUGCCAUAACAAUGUUAUGAGAAUUCCGGAGAAAUACAUAUUGAAAAGGUGGACAAAGAAUGCAAAAUCAGGGAGUACAGGUACUUGUGCACGGACAAGCUUGAUCGAAGAUCCAAAGGCAAUGAUGGGAAGAUGAUACAAAGAGUUGUGCCGCUUGUGUACCCAAUUAGCAACAAGAGCUGCUGAAACAGAGGAAGCUUAUAAUAUUGCUAUGGAUUGUCUUAAAAAAAUUGCGGAAGAAGUGGAUACAAGUUUGACUGGAGAAGGUUUUGAUGGGACCUCUAAUGCCAAUAAUAGUGCAUUUCUAGAGAAUAAAGCUACCCUUGGUGAAGGAUGUGAGAAAAGAGUUAAAGGGUUGAAAGUUAAAGAGAGAGCUAUUGGAAGGUCUAGCAAAAGGCCAAGAAAUGCUCUUGAAAGGGCCAUUAAGUCUAAAAAAAAUCCAGUAAAUAAUUUGAACUCCAUGGAUUAUCCCAUUCAACAAAGUGAAUUACAUCCACCGUCGCGUUUCAGCCAGGUAUAAGUUUAGUAAUCGUGUCCACUAUUUUAAUUUGCUAUGUGUACUAACACUUAAAAACUUGCAUCAGGAUGGUGUCACUUUUGGUGCACAUGAAGACUUCCCCUAUGAGAGGACUUCAUUGAGUUCAUUUUCACAAGUGUCACAGCAAUACGAGUCUUACAACUCCUCAACUAGCAUGGGUGUUCCGGCUAAUCACCGGAUGUUUAACCAACCUUUCCAGUUAACCCAAUCAUCUCAAGCCGUGCCUACCAGCAUGACUAAAUUACUGCAGGCUCCAUUAUCACAACCACUGGAUGAUGACAUUUGGUUCAAUAGCUAGUAUGAAGGUCAACCAGAAAAGUAAUCAAGUUGAAGUUGAAGAUGGUGAUAUUUACUUCAAGUAAGGGCUGUCAAAAAAAAUUGUGAUCAGCAGGGAUGUCAAGAUUAGAAGUGAAUGUUGUAGUUAUGAUCUUAUUAUGCUAAUUACCAAAAGUGAGCAAACCUCAUAUGUCCUUUUGUGCUGUACCAAUCUAACGUAGGCGUACUUAUUGGAGUAGUCCUUGAUUUUGUUCUACGUUUUUGUCUGUUUCCAUCAGUUUUGUUUUUGCAGUCUCUUAUUUAGAUUUCAUGCCAUCCUGAGGCGGCUAGAUGGACAGACUGUUGGCUUUUCAUGUGUAAUUUCUCUGUGAUGGGUUGGUAUUGUUUUUUCUUGCUACUAUUUUCGGAUGGAAUCGUUGUAAGUGCCGUUUGGCAUAUUAAUGGAAUAUACUUCGAUUAGAAAAAAUCGACAAUUGUUGGCUUUUCAUGUGUAAUUUCUCUGUGAUGGGUUGGUGUUGUUUUUCCUUACCACUAUUUUCGGAUGGAAUUGCCGUAAGUGCCGUUUGGCAUAUUAAUGGAAUAUACUUCGAUAAAAAAAAUGGACAGAUUGUUGCUUUUCAGGUGUUAUUUCUCUGUGAUGGGUUGGUGUCGUUUUUCCUUGUCACUAUUUUCGGAUGAAAUCGUUGCAAGUGCCGUUCCGCAUUUUAAUGGAAUAUACUUCGAUUAAAAAAAAUCUAACUUAUCACGUUGAUUUUUCAAAUUCUAUGUUUUUUGAUCUUAAUGUGUUUAUACUAUGUUUAUAGUAUGAGCAGUGCACACCAAAGAAAAACAUCAUGCAAAAUAGAGGAGUCGGACAGAAGAAUAGUAUUUUGGACUGGAGAAGUGGGGGAACCUAAAAAGGAAUAGGAAAGAAUUUAAAGUAACUGGGCAAGUACCUCCGUUAGUUGGACAGGGGAAGUGGACACGUGGCGCGUUUAGAGGACUGGGACAGGGGAGUGGGACAGGGGAAUUGGGACAGGAG